UAAUAUGUCUCUGGAGGACCCACUCGUUAUGAGCCCAGAGGACAGCAGGGUUCUGGUUCUCAAUGCCUCCACAGAGGAGCAGCACCAAUACAACAUCUGGCUCCCGGGAAUCGGGAUCGCUGCUGUCUACGGGAUCAUCAUUAUCGUGGGUCUAGUGGGAAAUGUCACGUUAAUGAGGACGUGUCUAAUGGUGAAGUCCAUGAGGACGGUGCCCAACUUGUUCCUGUCCAGUCUGGCUCUGGGGGACGUGCUGCUGCUGCUGACCUGCGCCCCGGUGGACGCCAGCCGCUACCUGGUGGACGAGUGGGUCUUCGGCCGCGUUGGAUGCAAACUGAUCCCUUUCAUCCAGCUCACCUCUGUGGGAGUCUCAGUGUUCACCCUCACUGCUCUCUCCGCUGACCGGUACAAAGCAAUAGUCAGACCUCUGGACAUCCACAGGUCCAGCGCUGCACUCAGUAUCUGUUUUCGAGCGGGGGCCAUCUGGCUGCUCUCUGUGACUCUGGCCAUUCCUGAGGCCGUCUUCUCCGACCUGCACACCUUCACCACCAGCCACACCAAUGAGACAUUUGUGACCUGUGCGCCCUACCCCCACGCCAGGGAGCUGCACCCAAAAAUCCACUCCACCGCCUCCUUUCUCAUCUUCUACAUCAUCCCGCUCUUCAUCAUAUCAGUUUACUACUGCUUCAUCGCUCGCAGUCUGGUCAGGAGCUCUGUGGACAUCCCUGCUGAAGGGCACCUGCACCUCCAGAAACAGAUCAAGUCCAGAAAGCGUCUUGCCAAAACUGUGCUGGUGUUUGUCGGCUUGUUUGCUGUCUGCUGGCUGCCCAGUCAUGUCAUCUACCUGUACCGCUCCUACCACUACGACCAGGUGGACACCUCGCUGGGCCACUUCAUCGCCAGCGUAUGCGCUCGCAUUUUGGCCUUCACCAACUCCUGUGUAAACCCAUUCGCCCUCUACCUGAUGAGCAAAAACUUCAGGAAACACUUCAACAAGCAGCUCCUGUGCUGCACUUCUCCCAGACGCUUGUACAGUCAGAACAGUGGGAGCACAAAUAUAACCACCGUCUGAAAGCAUCUGUGUUUUCAUAAACUUCAUAACCCAUGUGCUGUGCUUCAGUAGGACUGUUGAUCAUAUUUACUCGCACGUUUACUUUAAUUAGAAGUGUCAACUUCAGUGUGAUGAAUGGACACGGUUACAAUCAUUUGGCCUUGUUGUCAAGUAAUUUCUCAUUAUUUUUUAUGAUCACUUCUCAGUUACCCUUUUUUACACCUUGAAAUAAUGUAAAAUGUUUAGCUCUCAACUAUCCAGUGUAAGCCACAGAAAUAACACAAGAUGCAGGAAGACUCUAAUCUCUUUUAAAACAAAAUAAACUGUUGAUUCAAUGAAAUACAAUCACUGCAGAUGUAAAGUCGAUCAUCCAAAACACUGGUAAAAAACAUCUUUUCUUGUUGCUUGAGAUUAUUUGUUUCCUGACAAAUAAAUGUUAUAUAAGAAAAAAAUGUGUUUGCAGUUGGUAAAUCUUCUCUGUUUGUAUCUCUGAUGUAAGCUGAAACAGAAUAUGACAGUGUAAGAAAAUUUAAUUGAUUGUAACCAUGCAUGAAAGGCCAGCUUUCUUGUGCAUGUUUUUUUAUCUGCACAGUGCCAUUUGUUUAAAAAAAGACGACUGGUGGAGAUAAAGCAAAAGGUUCCUCUGACAUGACUGAAUAGUCCAUCUGCUGUUCUGUAUUGUAGAAACAUUUCAAUGUUAAGUUAUUAGAAUUGUCAAAUGUCAGAUAGAUGUUUCUGUUACAUUGUAUGUUAGUUAAUGCUGUUGGCUGUACUUCUGUACACUGUAUGUAUACAUUUCAGCAGCCAUUUGUUACUUUUGUUUAAUGUUGAUGUUUAAUAUAGAGGUGCAACUAACAAUUAUUUGCAUAAGUGAUUCAAAAAAUGGUUAUUUUUGUGAAUAAUAGAUUAAUUGUUUAGUCUCUGCAAAAUGUCGUAAUUUACCAAAACCCAAGGUGAUCUUCAAAUGCCUUGUGUUAUGGCACCAGCAGUCCAAAACUCAAAAAUAUUCCA